GGUCCUCUAUAACCCUGCUGUGUGUUGUAGUCAGGUGUUGCUUUAUAUAAAGUGAUGGAUGACACAUUAAAGCAGGAGGCAUUUACAAAGCCUUUCAAGUGUUAAUAAGCUAGUUAAUAUGUUUGAAAACCUGAAUUUGAACUCAUGGAGAUUCCCAAAAUGGAAACAGAAGUGUCAGUUUCCUCCUCAUCCACUGUGGUCUCCUCCACUCAGACGUCCCUCACCCCUGUGAACCUCGCAGCCAAACAAAGAGAUAGCAGAAGGACCACAUCCAACACGCCCGCCUUCCUCUCCAACCUGGGCCGGGCCACCCUGAGGGGCAUCAGGAAGUGCCCGCAGUGUGGCGUCUACAACGGGACGCGCGGGCUCAGCUGCAAGAACAAGUCCUGCGGGAUACCCCUCAGAAACGCCACCACGGGGUGCAGGAGCAGCAGGAAGAGUGCUGUGGAGGUGGUGAAAGUUAUAAUAGACAGUGAGGAGAGAGGAGGCAAGGAGGGUGCAGGAGGAGGAGGCGUGCUCGGUGGCUCAGGUGGAGGUGUGCAGGUGUUUUCAGUGUGUCACCGAGGAAGAGGAGCCACAGCCACACAGCUGGGGUUUGUUGAACUUGUUCCCACUGACACUGCCAUAGCAACAGGUGACGGUGCAACCUUGCUGACCCGCAUCAACUUGGGUCGCUGUUUUCUUCCAACAUGCAGGCAGGGUCAAAGGUCAAACCAGGGGGAGUCAGAAUCAGCGGUUGCCAGUUCGAAACAGUCCUCAGACAGCCUGUGUGUCCACAUAAAGCAAGCCAUCGAGUGUCAGAGCCGGGCCACGCCGCUCACCUUGAAGAGCUCCGUCCUGGAGGGGCUGCAGGCCUCCAUCCAAGCCAGGGAGGAGCUGUGGAGGCUGGCCACAGAGUCUCCAGGCCCCCUGGUGCAGCGUGUCACCAAAGACACUUUGGUGGUGAAGUGUCACACGGACUCCCAGCAUCCUCUGGGGCUGCUGCACCUCACUGUAGGUGCAGGAGGGCUGUCAGAGGUUCCAAAGAGUGAGAGGAAGAGCAGAGAGCAGCAGCAGCAGCAGCAGCAGCAGCAGCAGCAGCAGUAUGGCGUGUUUCACUGCGCCUGUCAGGUCACCACUAACAGCAGCAGCAGCAGAAGAAGUAAACCUGGUGUUGACGGAGCCAACGCUCAUCCUCAGACGACAUCCCAGCCCUGCCUUCACUUCUACGCCUGUGUGUGCGCCUUCGCAAGUGAUGAGAAACUGGCAGCAGAGUUCGCUUCUUUCAUCAGCUACACCCCGAGUGGUGUGCAGCAGAACUCCUCCAGCAGAGUAAUCAGCUCCAGUGAGAAACCUCUGCAGCAGGCCGAUCCCGUCAGCUCUCAUCAGAAGUCAAAGAAGCUCCGCCUGGAUGAGUCUCUUCCAGCGGCCUCUCCCUCUGGGCCGGGGAGAGAGGGAGUGUCGGCCUGCGGUCUAAAGAAAGCCGGUCAGAGGAAAGCCCCUGGCGCUGGCGGGCUGAAGGCUCCAGGGAGUACCCAGGUUGUGGAUGAACAUGCGGUGACGUUGGGGUUCCAUCAGUGGUUGGCGAGUGUCACAGAGAGGAUCCACCAGACCAUGCACUACCAGUUUGAUGGGAAACCUCAGCCUCUGGUGUUCCACAUCCCUCAGGAGUUCUUCAACGCUCUGCAGCAUCGUUUGUCAUUAGGCUCCAAGAAGAAGAGACUUCCCAACCUCACAACAGCAUUUGUGAGGAAUGAUGGACUUCCUCUUGGCUCUUUCUCCAAGUACACCUGGCACAUCACCAAUCUCAUGCAGGUCAAACGCAUCUUUGACACCCCGGAGUUGCCUCUGGAGCUCUACCAAAGCUUCGUGAAAAACGCAGACGGCUCUUAUUCACGUUUUCGCUGCCUCGAGCCGCCGCCUGAGCCGGAGCUACCAGAGGCGUGCAGGACGGAUCGACCGCAGGCGAUACGACCCAUGGAGCUCCGCGCCUUCCUCAAAGCUGGACCAGGCUCUGCAGAUCAGAAGGAUGCUGGUCCGUUCGUGAUCGAGUGGAUCCCCGACGUUCUGCCUCGCUGUCAGAUGGGAGAGCUCAGGAUCAGCUUUGAGUUCGGACACCAGCAGAGCGGUCAGACGGAUCCCGGCGAGAAAAUGAGUGCGGCGGAGAAAGGAGGUUGUAACAAGUCCGACUCAAACGUUACCAAACACAAAAAGGGCGUUGAGAUCCUUCAGGUGGUCGUGUGAUUGCUCAUAAAUCAAUUAAAGCUGCCUGUCAUUAAUCAUUCAUAUAUCCAGUAUAUCCUUAUUUAUUAUGCAAGGUAUUGAUCACCAAUUGCUGUAUGAAUAACACAGUAUGAUAUUGAUCUUAGACAAUCUAGACUGUGGUGAAGCUCUCAACAUGAAGCUUUUGUUUUAACGCUGUGUUCAAACGAUGUCUGUAAAUUUGUAUGUUUUUAAUAUAUUUAUUCAAUUUUUACUCAACAAAGAUUUCAUCAAAUGAAAAUGAGAAAAAAACAAUAAUUUAAACAAAAUUGUAACUUUUUUAUGACUUUGAUAAAACUUUUCUAAGUCGUGUCAAAAGUAAGUGUUGGCUCUUUUAGGUAACAGAUUCCCUGCAGACUUUCCCUCAUGAUGUUAAAAACAUGCUUUUGUGUUGAAACUCCCAAAGACUGAUGUGUAUCAUGUUUGCUUUGCUCUGUAAGAAUCAAGCAAAUAAAUCUUAUUGUGGAAAACAA